ACGAUGUGGACUGGAUACUAGGCCAUUCCUUCCAGAUCGAUGUCUGGAAACUUCAGCCUCACCUCAACUCGACAAAAGGGGAAAAGAAGAAUCAGAUGAGACCACGAGGAUUCACUGAGGUCACCGAACACCACAUGCGACCAAAACGCUUCCAGAAUCCUUUCCACGGCAAAGAGGCAGAUCUUAAUCUCUCCCGAAACAUCUAAUGCUUCUGUGGGGGAAACCACAAGGGCAAUCUUUCACGCUCGUCCCAGGAGAUAAAACAACUUCCCGCUUUAGGCAACAUCAUUCAAGCUGAAGGGGUUUCGACUUGGCCUCCGGGAGAGAGAUAUACAAUCCCACAGAUAAAAGGGAAAAGCAAACUAAACCAUGACAUCGGCACAACUCUUGACAAUACUGUGUCUGCUUUUGCUCACUGGAGUUCUGGUACUUUCCCAAGACUACGAAGAAACUAACUAUUCAAACUACGACACGGAUGCCAUCUCUCUGCCUGAAGCUCCACCACUUUCUGUAACUCAACAACCCGAUUAUGAUUCCCAAUUAGUAUAUUCAUACGACUGUGCCAGAGAGUGUUUCUGUCCCUCAUCUUAUCCCUUCGCCAUGUAUUGCGACCACCAAAAACUCACGGCAGUUCCCAACAUCCCAAGGCACAUCCGCCACUUGUACAUCCAGCAUAAUGACAUAGAAGAGAUCACCUUAAAGCCUUUCAUCAACGCCACGUCCCUGAGGGAAAUCAACCUCAGCUACAACAAGCUCCAGUCAUCUAAGGUGGAUAAAGAUGUCUUCAAAAAGCUCAAAGAUCUCACGCAGUUACACCUUGAGCAUAAUAAUCUGGAAGACAUCCCUUCUCCUUUGCCAAAAACUCUUAAAAGGCUUCAUCUGGGAUUCAAUAAAAUUUCAAAGAUACCGGCUGACGCUACACGAGAGCUUACAAAACUUACAGUGCUGGACUUGGGCAGCAACAGACUAACAGAUGCAAGUAUUAAAGGCAAGAUUCUAUCUGGCAUGAAGAGCCUCAUGCAAAUCAUCCUCUGCAACAAUAAGCUGAAAUCCAUGCCAGCAGACCUUCCAGAAUCGAUUCAGCAGAUAUCUCUGGAAAACAACUCAAUAGUCUCCAUACCCGAGGGCUACUUCAAGAAUACUCCCAAUGUUGUGUCCCUACGAAUGCCGCACAAUAAACUCAAGUCUGUUGCAUACAAUGCCUUUAAUCUGUCCAAGCUAAUGGAGCUCCAUUUGGGCCAUAACCAGCUCUCCAAACCGUUUUUUGUUCCCAGGAACUUGGAACAUCUGUAUCUAAAUCACAACGACUUUAAAGAUCUGAAUAUCUCUCUAAUGUGUCCAUCACUGGAUCUUGGCCACCCUAACAUGCUGACCUACAUUCGUCUCGACAACAAUAAGCUGAGCGGACCAUUGGACUACUACGCUUAUAGAUGUUUCCCAAGGCUGAUCAUGAUAUUUUACGGACACCAAAGGAAAGACAAUGAAGAUGACUCUGAGAAAUCUCCCAAAAAACACGAAAAACCUGACCGACCAAAAAAGCCAAAAUAAGUUUGACAAAAUAACCUAUUCAUUAUUCACUUCAAGUAAAUCAAGAUGAUUGAAAUAUUAUUAAAAACAUAUAAUGGUAACUUUGAAUCUUCUAUUCUUGUUGGUUUAAAAUUCUAUUUGACUUUAUGCAUGAAUGUGUUUAAAAUGAGUUGCCAUUUACAGAAUAUUUGCUUUUUUAUUACUUUUUUCUUCAUGAAUACAGUAAAAAAAAGUUUAUCAAUCACUUCAAUGCAUGUAAAUUUGUGCCAGAUAAAUAAAUAAAGCUACUUGUUUUCUGGUGAAA